UCCGGCCGCGGCCACACCUCGCCCAGCACGGCCGGCUCCUCCGGGUUCCCAACUUUCCCUGCGAUUUGUUUUUUCUGGACGGCAGUUUCCUGGAGCCAAAUGGCUCCUGCCUGCCUGCUCGGGGUCUGCAGCCUCCUCUGCGCCUGGUCCGUGGUGAUGGGACAUCCCUGCAGCCUCGACCACCAGGGAUGGGCUGACUGCAAUGGGAAGAGCCUUCUGCAUGCUCCAAGUUCCCUUCCAGGAAAUAUCACUGGUUUGGACCUCUCCUUCAACUCUUUGGUCAUGCCCCAUCACGGGACUCUCUUGAUGCAUUUCCCUUCCCUGCGCUCCCUCAACCUCUCCAGCAAUGCUCUGCUGACACUGAGCCCAGCAGUCUUCUCCAACCUCGGGGCACUGCGCCUGCUGGACCUUAGCAGCUGCAGCAUCGCCUACCUCCACACAGAUGCUUUCAAGGGCUUGGGAAACUUGCACACACUGCUCCUAAGAAAUAACAAUCUACAAGAGCUUGAGGUCUCUUUCUUCCUGCCACUGAAGGCUCUUUUCCACCUGGACCUGCAGCACAAUGCACUGGUCUCUGUGAAUACUUUGAGCCUGCAGCUGAUGGAAGCAGUCCCACAGGUCUGGCUGGAAGGGAACCCCUGGGUCUGCAACUGCACCGUGCACCCUCUGCAGCAGUGGCUACAGCGCAGGAAAGCUGUGCAGGUGACCUGCACAUCUCCCCCAGGGCUGCAGGGCCAGGCGAUCGCAGCUCUGGAUUCCCAGGACCUGGCCUGCCAGAUGAAGCAGCGGUUUCCUCGGGAGGUGAGCACAGUGCAGCAGAUCACAGUGACCCAGAGCAACACAACCACACUGCCCUCUGGGAAGGGGGGAAGGAGCUGGCCGUACCUGGUGGGCAUCGUGGUGGCAGCAGUUGGCAUCUCCAUCCUGAUCGCAUUGGCUGCCAAGUGCAAGCUCUUCCACAAGCACUUCGCCAGCUACCGCCACCGGCCCCUGCCCGACACCGGCUCGAUUGGAGGCUGCCCCAUGGAGGAGGGCAGUGGCGAGAGCCAGCCCAUGCCUGGUGCUGCCGACCUGCAAGCUGAGGAUGAUGAUGGCUUCAUCGAGGACAACUACAUCCAGCUAAGUGAGCCGCUGCCAGAGGAAAGGGAGCGGGAGUUGCAUCUCUCCAUAUGAGCCUGCAGCCCAGGCCACUGCCACUGCAGCCUUUUGCGGACCUCUCCACCUCCAUCCCCUUCCUGCCCUUUCCCACCAGCCCUCAGCUUUUGAGCCCAUGCAGCUGGGGCAUGGGCUCAAAGGAGGAGUGAGCCAGGCGUGGUGAUGGAGGCUGAAGGCAGCUGUCCUCAUGGUGCUCCAGUGUGAUGUCAGCGGGGCUGCACUGACACCAGGACACUGUACCUGGAGCUGCUCUCCUGGCCCUGAUGAGGAUGAAGGAGAUGGUGCCUAUUACACCUGGGCCGCCUGGUUGGAUGGGAAGAGGAACCUGCCCUGGUGCUCCCUGCGGGGUCUUGGACGCUGCCCCCACUUUCCCAUGGAGUCAGACCCAGCCCUGCUCUGUCCCUCAGUGUGUUGUCUCUUCAGGGUGUGAUUAAAUCAUCAUUAAACCCUG